UUUUAAGAUGAUAUUACUUUUACUUUUUAUUAACAUUAUUUUAGUCGCAGGUCAAGAUUAUUUGACAUCACUUUCCACAACUACAUGUACAUCUUCUCAGUUUCUAAACACAAUGAAACAAAAAUACCCAGAAAUUGCUAGCCAACUUCCACCAGAAACUACAAAUCUUAUAAACACAGCACUUGAUUUACCCCCGAAUCAAAGAGAGCACGCUAUCGCAGAAUAUCGUGCAACAAUCGAACAACAAUUAAAAAAUGAUCCUCAAUCAGCCCAAGCAUCAAAAGGAGCUACAGAUGCUCUUAAACAAGUAUUUGAAGACAUAGCAAGUACAUGUCAUAAUAAUUAAAUAUGAUCUUCUAAAAGAAAUGAUUACUGAAAAAGAAUAAAGUUUUAAAUAAUGUUCACAA